AUGGCAGAACUUGGUGGUGCCGCCAUCGGGGGCUUGUCCAACCUCGCCGCCGCCACCAUCGCCCACUCCGCCAGCUUCUCCGCUCGACACGACCAAUGCUACGAGCUGCAGGCUGAGCUGAUGGAGAGACUGUCGCAGAACUUCGAGGUGCUGCGGCGGAAGGAGGAUAUCUGCGACACAGAAUAUUACACGUAUUUGGAGAUGAGGGAGAGGGCAAAGGAGUCAGCCAGGGCCUACCGCGAGAGUAUCCGCACAUACAAAGACGUCGCUCUGUUGAACUUCCUCCGGAAACGCAAGGCGAAGCAUCAGGUCCGGCAGAUGAAGGAGGAGAUGCGAGUGGCGAACCAGAGUCUCCGGGAUCACUACCACGAUUCCAUGUCGGAGUGCUUCGACGUUUCGUCCAUCAAAGGCGAGUCGGGUUCACGACCUGGCUCUGCGCUCUACGGCGAGUUUAUCAGAGAAUGGGCGGACGGCGUACUGGUAGUGCCAAUGCAGCAGGAGGAGGAAAAUGUCGAUUUCUUCGAGGAACAAAGUGUACAUCGCAUUUGCGGUAGCGGUAGCAGCGUAGGGAAUCCCUCAUACUUUCUCGUUGCGAAGCCUUAG